AUGGACAUUUGGGAUCGUAAUUCAUUGAAAAAGAUAGCAACUGUAGAAGCUCCUAAUUCGUCGGAAUGUUUCUGGUCACCGGAUGGACGUUAUAUUAUAACAGCGACAUUAAGUCCACGACUUCGAGUGGAUAACGGUUAUAAAAUUUGGCAUUAUACUGGUGGUUUGGUACAUAGUCAGAAUAUUCAAGAAUUAUUACAGGUUCAAUGGCGGCCCGCGAGUGUUGAAUUUUAUCCUAUGCGACAGUCUUUAUCUCCGGCACCUGAAAAUGUCAAGAGUUCUACGUCACCUACAAAACCUUCACCUAUAAAAGCAGGCGCAUAUUUACCACCACAAGCACGUGCCCGCGGUACACCAGCUGCUAGUAUUUUCAAGGCACUCUUUUACACCCGUGAGGAAGAAACGAAUAAAAAGGUUCAAGAAAACGGUGCCAAACCCGCAGGAACACCGGAAAUAAUGUCCAAAGCUGCCGUUAAAAAUAAAAAGAAACGUGAAGCUAAAAAGAGAAGAGAAGAAGAAUCCGUCAAGGAAACUGUUGAUAGCUCUGAUGAUAAAGAAACUUUAAUAGUUUCCCCAACAUCUCCCGUUAACAAUGAGAUAAUAAAUAAUGGUAUUCCCGAAGUGGUUAAUUCAACCGAUAAUCUUAUUGACACUGACACGGCAAAAUCCGAUUCCACACAGCAAUCUACGAGCAAUUUAUCAGAAACGGAUAAAAAGAUUAGAAAUUUAACAAAGAAAUUACGACAAAUCGCUGAACUUAAAGACAGACAAAAGAAUGGAGAUAAGUUGGAACUCACACAGAAAAAAAAAAUUGAAACCGAAGCAGCUUUGCGGAAAGAAUUGGUACAAUUAAAUUCUCAAUAG